AUGUAUUUACGCUAUGCCGGUAGUGCGUAAGUCCCAAAACAAAAAAAACCUAUCCAAGAACGGACGGCAUUUUCUCCUCCCCCCCCACCACAAGCAAUAUAGAUAGACCAUUAUCGAAAAUCUUCUAUUUCAAAAUCAUCCCAUCAAAACACAGUGGCACGAUGUCGAAUGGCGAGCAACGCGCAAAUGGCCUGCUUUCCACACCACCACGUCCACGUUACAUCCAACGGACGGAAAAAACCCCCCCAGGACGACGACGGGCCGGAAUGGCAAUGGCAAUGGCAAUGGCAAUGGCACUGUACGGCCCAAGACGGCAGUGUUCGCGAAAAGAGCCCGGCUGUACGUACAGAGUCGGCGACCAGAUGAACCCCCGUGUUUGA